GAGAGAGAGAGGGACCUUUGUCAUGUAUGAACCACACAUCUGUUUUAGUAGCCUAUGCAUACGACGCCAUAAGCUGAUACUCAAAACAUCUCGGUUAUUCCAGCCAGAAACAAUGUUGUGCAAAUAUAAGGACAAAAUCCAUCUCUGUAUGUUCAUAGUGCUGUUUCUUCAGCUAUUAUCCAGGACUGCAGCACAGUCAUGUGCCAGAAGUUGUGGUGAGAAGUUUACUACAUGCUCCUGUCAUGCAACAUGUGAAUCUCUGAAGGACUGCUGUGCAGAUUAUAAACAGUUUUGCCUCGACAUUGAACCACACUCCGGUUCUUUGCUGGGAGGAACAGACUUUAAAAUCCUCAAUGUUACAUUUGAGCAGAACAUUAACCUCACUUGCAGGUUCAACUCAGAGAUUUUGACAGAGGGCUAUGUGGAUGUGAGCGGCGUGGGUCACUGUAUCUCUCCACUGCUCUAUGAGUCGGGCUGGAUCCCUUUUGAGGUGUCCACAGAUGGAGUCAACUAUGACAGAGCAGGGAGGUGGCUCUCAGUCCAAAACAUUAGGCUGGGUUCUGUUUACAAGAUCAUUCUGGUCAAUGCCACACAGUGGCAGUACUACGGCACACCAGAUGUCAGCGGGGAUUUAAAAAUGAUAUGGAUACCAUCUCUAAUAAAAGCAGAGAGAGUCAACAUCGAGCUGUGGGGUUACAAUGAGACUGGAGAGUCAUAUUCUGCUAAUUGGGAGGCAGAGUGGAAGUAUCUGUACACUGUGGGCAGAGAUGUGCCCAACAGUGGAGUUUUCAGUUUCACCCCACAGAUUGCAGAAAAACCAUACUUCCUUUGGGACAUAGGGAGCAUGCGGGUCAGCCCCAGCUCUAAACAAGACGGAGCCCAAGAUGUUAACGCCCUGUGGAGUGGGGCACAUGCGCUCGCCUGGCAUCUAGAGGAGGCUUUCAGGAAGGACUCUGCUUGCUGGGCCCUGGAAAAGUGUAUCAAUUGGGAUAAAGAAGAAAAAGCAAUGGCCAACUUCCUUACAGAGAUCACUGACUGCCCCUGCACACUGGCCCAAGCUCGUGCUGACACCGGGAGAUUUCAUCCUGUUGAUAUAUUGUUUUCUUGCAGUCCUGAGUAUGGUGCCGGUCAGCAGUGUUGCUAUGACAGCACUGGAGCUCAGGUGCUCACAGGCGACUCUAUUGGUGGCAGCACCCCUGAUCGAGGGCAUAUCUGGGGGGCGCCGCCAUACAAGAAGCCUCCUAGAGUUCCAGCAUUCUCACACUGGAAGUAUGAUGUCAUCAGUUUUUUCUACUGCUGCCUGUGGUCAGACAACUGUGAAUACUACAUUACCCACCGUCCGUCCAGCGACUGCAGAACAUAUCGUCCUCCUAGAGCAGCUGCUGUCCUUGGUGACCCUCACUUCAUGACAUUCGAUGGCGUGUCUUUCACCUUCAAUGGGAAAGGAGAGUACAGUCUUGUUCACUCUUCAGCCUAUGAGCUGUCUGUGCAAGGCAGGACUGAACCAGUGAAAUCAGAGAAUGGUUCUGUGGUUAUGGCAACACGACUCUGUUCAGUGGCAAUGAGGGAGAAAGACUCUGAUGUCAUUGAGGUGCGUCUUGGAGACCAAGUAGAUGAGCUCCAGGUCUUAAUGAACCAACAGGUGCUUUCCUUUUCUGAACAAAAAUGGAUCGACCUUAAGGGUGUUUUUGUUUUUUCCCCUAAACCUACUAAUGUGACGGUGAUGUUUCCGUCGGGGACAGGAGUAGAGGUCCGAGCAGGUGGAGGGGUCAUGACCCUUACUGUUCUACUGCCCCAUGACUUACACAACCACACACAGGGUUUGCUCGGUACAAUGAAUGAUGACCCUGAAGAUGAAUUCACCUCUAGAAAUGGCGUGAUCAUCCCUUCCAAUAGCAGUGCACAGGACAUAUUCACCUAUUGUGCUGGCUGGGCCAUUACGAAUGAGACUUCACUGUUUACAUAUGACUCAACCCACCUCCUGAAUGAAUAUUAUUAUGCCCCAAAGCACGAUCCGUCAUUUAUCCCUAACUUUUCUAUGACUGAAGACCCAGAGGAUCCCCUGCUAGAGCCAAUGCUGAACCUAUGUGCAGGAGAGGGGGCUUCCUUCUGUAAAUAUGAUACAUUAAGCAUGCGCAGUCUGCAACAAGGCAAUGCCACACUACUGGCCUACCGGAGUCAUACGUCCACCAAGAAAGCUCUGGAACCUGUGCAAUGCUGUGGUUGGCUACCACCACCUAACCACGGUCAGAAGGAAGGAACCGUUUACCUGGAGGGGGCAACGGUCACAUUCUCAUGUAACAGUGGAUAUCGCCUCUAUGGGUCCCAGGAACGCACCUGUCAAGGGGACGGCAUGUGGUCUGGACAGGAUACACACUGUGUGGCUGAUGACGCUGUAAGAAGCUAGAAGCUUCUAAGGAACCCCAAGCUUGUGCCAGGCUUCGGC